AUGGGUGAUAUUCGAGUGCUCCGCAACAUGGACGACGAUGAGGUUUUCACUUUUGCGAAGGAAAUUCAGGCGCCCUACGAUUUGGUUAUGCAGACGAAGCAGCUGGGUAGGCUUCCCGUGGUGCAUUUCGCUGCCGGAGGGAGUGGUGAUCCAGCGAGGAGGGCUCGCGCGAUUGUGCAGGCAGUGACGCAUUACAGUGAUCCGGAGGUGCUGGCGGAUGUGAGCUGUGGGUUGGG